AUGUCCAUCGCCGCUCUCCGGCGCGCGACCCCGGACCCACGCGCGCCGAACACGCCCCCCACGCCCCUCCUGAGGCUGUACAACUUCCUCUCCACCGCCGCGCUGUACGCCGCCGCGCCGCUGAUAGCGCUUUCCGCCCUGAUAACGUACCACACCGCCGGCCCCCCAGCCCAAUGGAUGUCCUACGGCUUUUACGCGUGGUCGCGCCUCGCCAAGGCCUUCUUGACGAAAUACACGCUCUACCUCCCCGGCGUCGACCCCGACGAAGGGCGAGUCCCGAACAAGUUUGCCCAAGAGGGCGCAGCGCGCGCGCCGGGGGUCGGUGUUGCGGUGGUCACUAUCCCCCCGGCCACGGACCGGCCGGCCGCGCUCGCCAAUGACGCCGUACACGCCGUCGAACGACCGCUGUUCGUCCUCACGCCCCCGGCGCCAGCGCCGCGCCGCGCAAUCGUCUACUUCCACGGCGGGGCCUACGCCUUCGGGCAUCCCCUCCAGUGGCCGUUCGCGUGGCUCCUAGCGAGCGAGCUGGGGGUUCCAGUCUACGCGCCAAACUACCGUAAAGCCCUCACCCCCGACUCGGCCUUCCCCGCGCAGCUGCUCGACGCGCUCGCGGGGUGGGAGUACGUCCUCGGCCUGGGCUACGCCGCUCACGAGGUGUCGCUGGUCGGCGAGAGCGCCGGCGGGCAUCUAUGCCUGCAGCUCGCCCAGCUGCUCUCCGACGCCGGCCGGCCACUGCCCCGCGCGCUCGCGCUCUCCGGGCCGUGGUGCGACGCGACGUCCAGCAGCGAUAGCUGUUCGCGCAACUACGCGGCCGAUUAUCUUCCGCUCGUCGGCCGCCUCGCCGUGCCGUCCUACCUCCGCCACUAUGUGCCAGAAGCCCUGGCCCACCGCUACGUCUCGCCUGUGCGCGCCGUACCAGCAGACUGGGCGCCCCUGGCCAACGCUGGGACCAAGGUAUAUGUCCAUGCUGGCGAGUGCGAGAUCCUCGUCGAUGAGGUGCGCGCCACGGUCGCUGCUAUGCGUGCCGGCGGCGUAGACGUCACGUACGUCGAGGAGACUGGCGGCCUGCACCAGUCCGCUGCUAUGGCCUUCAGCGGCAGCGACGCCUGGCCCACCUUCCGCGACGACGUCCGCCCCAUCAUCCUCGACACCGCCACUAGCACCACCCGCCCCCUCACCGCCACACCUAGCAGCACCCAAUCCGUACCCUAA